AUGGGAGACGGCGGUGAUUCGAUCCUCAUGGCUCCCGACUUGAACGAGAAUCGCACCAGGAGGGGCACCAUGAUAAGCGUGGCGGGAUCGCUGUUCAUGAGCAACAGGAUCGCGAGGGGCUCCACCACAGUCGACGCCAACUGCGCACGCAGAAGCAUCUUGGUGAGUGUGAGCAAUUCUUGCCGCCUCGACUGCUCGUCCUUGCGUGGUGAUGCACUCAGGGUCGACCUUCCUGUAGUUCAAGAAGAGGUCUCCAGCUCGCAAUCGGUGCUCAAGAAUGCCCUGGAGGUGCUGAGGGCUCCGCGCUUUUAUUUCCACGCUUUGAGCUUCGUUUCGUGGUCUUUCUUCCUCGACUCCUACCUGACGGUGAUGUUCGAUUUCGCCGAAGACAUCGGGGUGCCCCCUUCGGAAUCUGUGCACGCGCUGACAUUGUUCUCGGCAACAGAUACCAUGGGACGCUUGCUCGUACCCUUUCUGAGCGACUACGGCCUCAUCUCUAACUGCGGCCUGCUCACCAUUGCAUAUUUUUCCCUGGCACUACUGCAGCAGCUGGCGCCUUAUAUACACGGGAAAAUAGCCUUCUGGGGCCUGUCAGCUGUCCUGGGUCUCCCGGCUGGUUACAUCGUUGUUGGAGCUCCCGAAAUUCUCUCUACCGAGAUCGGCACGAAGAACCUCCCCAUUGCCUACGGAUUCAUGACAACGCUCACGGCUAUUGGAGGCUUUGCGAGGCCACCAGUCAUCGGUUUUUUCCGCGACAACUACGGCAGCUACGACGGCCUGUUCAGACUCAUGGGUGGCAUGUUCACACUCUCGUUCCUCUUCACGGUGGGCCUUUGGAUCACCGGCCGCUCCAAAUUCAGAGAGCGAAAGGCGACGAUCGUCAUACCGGAAGCGUUCAUCUUCGUACCGGAGCCGAUGCCGACACUCCAAGAGGAGGAAGCCGACUUGUGAACACGCUGUGAAGCUGAGGAAGCUCCGUGGUGGAAAGGCAACAAUUACUAGGAAGAAGAAUCACGUGGCUGUUGUGAAGCCUAGUCAUAAAAAAUGUAAACGGAAGGUUAAUGGUGAAUAGGCCCUCACCACAUCAUAGGCAAGCAGUAACUUCUAUCCGCCGAGUGCGUGGAGUGGAUGGGGGAAUAGAGAGGUGUUGCCGAAGAACGUUGGCUCACCGAGAUUAGCUGCCUGACGUCUUAUUGCCUAGUGUCUUCCUUUCUUCCAUGAGAGGCUCGCUGUUUGGUUCGCAUCAACUGCGUUGGAAUUACACACUAACCCACUAACACACUAACCCGCGGUUAACACACUAACCCGCCGUGGUUGCUCAGUGGCUAUGGUGUUGGGCUGCUGCGCACGAGGUCGCGACAUCGAAUCCCGGCCACGGCGGCCGCAUUUCGAUGGCGGCGAAAUGCUAAAAUGGCCGUGUACUUAGAUUUAAAUACACUUUGAAGAACCCCAGGUGGUCGAAAUUUCCGCAGCGAUCUGGCCACAGUAUCCUUUGAGUUUUCUUUUUGCAUGUUUUCGUAAACCUUACAUUCAAAUGUUUAACAUUCAACAUUGUACACCCAUAUUAGCGUUACCUACAAUAUAUAAAGAAGAGAUCAUCUGCAUGAGCAGAACAAUUGAUAAGUGCUUUGUCUAAAAUGAACACUAAUUUUUUUCUGGAGCAUUGCAGUUAACCCUAGUGUCUUUGUAGCUUAUGUUGAAAUGCAUAAGGAAGGUUUGUACAAAGCAGCAUUGGGUUAUUUACGAUAUAAGAAAUAAAUAUGCAGUUAUAGACAAUCAUAGGGGAAGAUACUGCCUCUAGGAAAAGGCUUAUUGAUUUCUUAUCUGACCACAUGUCAAGCAAUCUCGUGAGGAUUGUGCUGGCUUCCUGAGUGAGUGAGUGACGAAACUUUGUUGUGAACGCCUGCAGAACGGUUAGCCUUCCCCUGUUAGGGAGGCCAAAAACAAGAAAGGGGCUGGCAGAUGGA